UUGCAGCCAGUCAGCAUCGAAAUCCAGUAAAAUUUAAACCCGGAAAGAAACCUUCGAUUCCAUGAGUUCCACUAGCCACAACCCGUCCAGAUAUGCCAGCCGGGGGCUUUCGGUAUUACACUGGGGCCUCAUGGUUCUUAUGGUAAGUCCCGCUGUACAGGGUGCCGGUCAACGCUUCUGUGGGAAACAGCUGGUUAAGAUGCUGUCGAUGCUUUGCGAUGAGUUCCCGGAUCUUCAUUAUGGCGUAAAGAAGUCAAUGAUCGACUUCGACAAGAUGGACUAUUCCGUUGACGACUGGAUGCCGGGAUACGGUCCGGAGCAGGAUACGAUAAUCUCGAAUGAUCUGAUGGUUUCACCGAAUCACAUGUCGACCGAUCAACACGACCCGAAGGUGCCCCUCUGGGUAACCAUGAUGUACCCGCAGGAUUACGGUUUCCGUUCGAACGCCGGUCGUAACGAUCUGAUUCCGCCUCGUUUUCGGAAAAGCCCACGAGAGGGAAUCGUGAACGAGUGCUGCGUACGACCCUGCGGGAUCAAUCAGUUGCUCAAGUACUGCAAAACGGUAGCUUAAAUU